AUUAUAUUUCCAGUGGUAGCCCCGUCCCCACACCCCCACAACCACCAGAGAUGUGCAUCAUGGCCAAAAUAGCUUAAUUUUGGGUUCAUUUGACAUCAACACAUUCUUUCACCUGUGCUGUUAAGUUAAAAUUUACGAAGCAAAGCAGAAUCGACCCACAAAUAAACAGAAAAGGCCCUGGUUCUUGAUGGAACGUUGCCUUUGAUACCAAAAAAUAAAUAUGAUCCUCAGUAUCCACGGCAGCAGAUUUGUCAUCUGGGCUCCAUGCACCAGAACGUCUGGAAAAGGUUAUUCCUUCAUGGAAGCAACAACAUAAGGUCAAGAGAGUUAAAUCAGAAAUAUUAUAAGGGUUUAAAUGUCAAAAGAGCACUGAGUUUAAGUAAAGCUGUGGUUUGAGAAAUCAAAUAUUUGAAAAGACAUCCCAUUUUUAAUCAAAGCUAGCGUGUCUCAAUAGUAAAGAGCACCUUGUGCUAAAUUUGCCUGUCUACUCCGCCAUCAGCAGACGAGACAAACACUUUGUUAGAAACUUUCAGACCCAUUAAGGUCUACAGCUGCUGAUAGCGGAGAUCUAAAACUGUUUUCUUUGGCUUAUUAGGCAAACUCCUGCUUUGCUCAUUGACACCCAAACAGGAUUCAGUCGUAACCUCUCCUUUAAUCUGUGACAUAGUUUCACUCUAAUUGAUUGUCUACCGCCAAAAUUACCUCCAUAAUUGUGCUUGUGUAAAUACAAGCCUUGAAUGUCAUUUCCACAGAGCCGCCACGGCCCCAUUAAGGAUCAAAGCCUUCGCUUCCUCUCCGUUAUCUCCACAUCAGACAGCGGACUGUUGUCCAAAGGCCGUCAGCGAGCUCCAAAGGGGAAGAAACCAAGGACAACCCAGGUCCCAGGCCGGGCACAGACCUGGGGUCAGCUCCUGAGGGGCAGCAGGGAGGACCUGACCCGUGGGGACCUCCCAGGAACCAUGUGGGGAGCUGACAAGGCAGGACAUGAGGGCCCGACUGGCCCCAGAGAGAAGACGGGCAGCCUGAGAGAAGCCCCCCCGCUGACACAAGAGAGUGAGGAGAUUACAGUAGGAGCUCAGAGGAGGCGAUCAGCGCUCUCUCUUGCUCUAUCUCCUGCUGCUUUCAGAGACAUGAGCCGGCCGCUUAUGGACCAUAUCGCCAGUAGUAGUUUCCGCGAAGAUGCCCCUCGACCCCCGGUGCCAGGGGAGGAGGGCGAUGCGCCCCGCUACCCCAGCAAAGCCGCAAUGAUGAAACCCCUCGAAGCCCCCAAAUCCGCUCUGCUUGCCGGCUCUCCGGGCUCCUCGGCGCGGAGGAACGAGGAUGGUCUCGGAGAGCCGGAGGGCAGCGCCUCGCCGGACUCGCCGCUCUCCCGCUGGACGAAGUCCCUGCACUCCCUGCUCGGAGACCAGGACGGCGCCGUUCUGUUCCGGACGUUCCUGGAGCGGGAGAAGUGCGCGGACGCCUUGGACUUCUGGUUCGCCUGCAACGGCUUCCGGCAGAUGGACCUGAAGGACACCAAAACGCAGCGGGUCGCCAAGGCGAUCUACAAGCGCUACAUCGAGAACAACAGCGUGGUGGCCAAGCAGCUGAAGCCGCCCACCAAAACCUUCAUUCGGGAUAACAUCAAGAGGCAGCAUAUCGACUCUGCCAUGUUCGACCAGGCGCAGACGGAGAUCCAGAUAGACAUGGAGGAGAACGCCUACCAGAUGUUCCUGACCUCUGACAUUUAUCUAGAGUAUGUUCGGACCGGUGGGGAAAACCCGAGCCACGUCAGCCCGGGCUCUUUGGGCAGCCUGAAAGUUGUAUGUGGAUACCUGCCCACGCUCAACGAAGAAGAGGAGUGGAGCUGUGACUUAAGAGCCAAAGCCCUGCUGGGACUGAAGGGGCAGAGGGUCCCCAUUACGCAGAGAGCAGUGGAGAUGAUGGAGAAGGGGUACAGGUCCUACAAGAGAGCCGAGCAGAUCAACCCCUACCAUGCAGGCGCCUUCGCCCCUGUCAGCAGCACCAACGACAGCGAGGUUUCCAGUGACACCUUGACUGACGACACCAUGUCUGUGACUGACGGCAGUGUAGAUGGCAUCCCUCCAUAUAAAAUGGGCUCCAAAAAGCAGCUACAGAGAGAGAUGCAACGAAACAUGAGGAUGAACAGCCAAGUCUCUCUGCCUGCUUUCCCUCGUACAACCCGUCCUCCAAAGGAGAUGGUCCCCUUGGAGCCGGCGCAGUUCGCAGCCCAGCUGAUCUCCCGCCUGGAGAACUUGAAGAGGAAGCAGGACACCUUCAACUCUCUGGAGGAGCGGCUGCAGCAGAUUCAGGAGGAGGAGGAAAGAGAGGAUUCAGAGAUCUCUGUUAGCGCUCCGCAGCUUUCCCCACAUCCUCUGGCCCUCCUAUCGGGCUCCUCCGACGAAGACCCCCAGGCCAUCCUGGAUGAGCACCUGUCUCGGGUCCUCAAGACCCCCGGCUGCCAGUCGCCCACUGUCGUCCUGCACUCGCCUCGCUCCAGCUCCCCGGAGAACCGGCCGCAUGCCUGUGGAGGCAAACCCAGCGCCAGGGCCGAGUCGUCCACUUCUCCUGUGUCGAGUCCAGACUCAGGGGCUUUCGCUCUGAGCCUGGGCUCCAGCAGGACCCUGUUGAGCAGGCAGAGCACCAAGCACAUCCACCACCACUACAUACAUCACCACGCCAGUCCAAAGUCCAAGGAGCAGAUUGAACGGGAGGCGGCCCUGAGGGUGCAGGGCGUCUGCUCUGCCGCCGGCCGCUGUCAGUCCUGCCAGGCUUACCCACGCAGCCGCAGUCUGGGCAGAGAGAUGUGUGGCUCCGUCUCGACCGAGAGCAACAUGGGGCGUUCCAGCUCCCUAUCGAGACGCGUGUGUCGCUCGGAGGCCGAAGAGGGGGUCGCAGACGGCUGCAUGGACGACUGUGGGAUCUCACAGCUGCCCACAGACACAACUGACCCCACCGAGAACGUUCGCCAGUGGAUCCUGGAGAGCAAACGGCAGAGCCGACACAAGUCUCACAGUAACCAGGGCGCCAAGAAAUUCGGAGGCUCGUCAACACAGACGCACACCUGGGGCGGCGGAGGAAGCUGCGGCCACCUGCGGAGCCACCAACCGGCUCAGCCCUUCAUCCAAGACCCCGCUAUGCCGCCCCUGCCCCCUCCCAACACCCUGUCCCAGCUGGAGGAGGCCUGCCGCAGACUGGAGGAGGUUUCCACCAAGACCCCCAAACAGAGGCAUUCGUUGGCCAGCCUUCAACGAGAGAAGACCCACCAAGUCACAGUCCAUGCAGGGGGGUCAGCUCUCCCCAGUCCUGCCCCUCUCGGUUCCCCUGGCCUCACCUCCACCUGCCCGGGUCUCCUCCAAUCAGAAGAAUGUAAGAAGGUCUUGGGCGGCCUCGCGGCGUGCAGCGGGGAGACGGUGGUGACUUACUUCUUCUGCGGCGAGGAGAUCCCGUACCGCCGCACCAUGAAGAGCCACAGCCUCACCCUGGGUCACUUCAAGGAGCAGCUCCGUAAAAAGGGCAACUACAGGUACUACUUCAAAAAAGCCAGUGACGAGUUUGAGUGCGGCGCCGUGUUCGAGGAAGUGUCGGACGACGGCUCCUUGCUGCCCACGUACGAGGGGAAGAUCCUGGGGAAGGUGGAGCGGAUGGACUGACUCGGAACCGCCGGGGAUUACUGACCCAUCACUAAGCUGAGACUGAAGGACUGGAGGCGGGGUGAUGGACGGAGCGCUGGCGAAAGGCCAGAGAAGAGGACACGGAUGUUACGGGACAAUUAAAGGACCUGGCUGGGACGGAGGGGGAACCUGGACUGUGUGUUGCUGAAGUUUCUAGAGACUGGAGGAGAAUGACCACUUGUCAGCGAUGCGGGGCGGUGGGUUUACCGUAAGACUGAGAGCCCACCUGUGCUGACCACAAGCACUCACUAGCACAUUACUAGUAUGUAUCUGCAGAUAUACAUGUACAUUGUAUAGAUAUCUAUUACUAUUUAUUGCAAAUAUCCCAGAGACAAAUCGCUAGGAUUGGAAAAUUCCAAGAUUCCUCCCUUCAGAGCUAAAGGAAAACUUUCUCUUCCUUUUUGUCAUUUUGUUCAAAUUUUUUUUUUCUGCCGGAGCGUCGACUCAGAGUUUGAUCACAUAUUUACUGCUGCAGUGCUAUUUGUGGAUGUGUUCCCCAUCUGCUCUGAAGGGCUCCUAUAUGAAAAAAAAAAAAAAGAAAACGAGCAAAGAUGCUAUUAAUGUUUAAUUCCCUGCUUUGGGACUCUGCCCAGCUCGCCUUGAUCAGUCACGUCUUAGUGCCUUUUGUUUCCGUGGCGCAGGCAUCGCACAGACAGCCUACAUAUGUAGAGGAAAUGGGUCCUCGAGCCCCCCCCCCCGAAAAUGUGUUUACACCAAUGUUAUCCAACAAAAAAGCUCUAGAUUAUGCUCCACAGUGUGUGUGUGUGUGUGCCCGUGUGUGUGUGUUCUGCACUUUGAGCUGCAGAUGGAAAUGAUGUUCAUGCUGUUUUCAUCGAGUGUACAGUAACUGUGCGUACAUGGGUUGUUGCCAUGUUUUUACCCAGUUUUCAGGGUCCAUUUACUCCCUUGGUUUUUACAAGGGGCCUUUUAUGUUAGGAGAAAAAGAUAUUUUUUAUGCCGUUUUUAUUUUUAGUACCCCCGUUUCAUCCCAACGUCCUGUGUUUUCUGAUAUUUUCCAUGGCUUCUCCAGCUCCACGUGUAAACUGUAAAUUAUGCGUUCCAUAGAGCUCCCGUUUAAAAAGAUGCCUCGGUACUUUAAUUAUUGUAAUUAUAAAGAGAUGUAGCCUUUAUUAAAAUGCUCUAUUUUUCAAAUUAGCAAGCUGCCUCCUGUGUGUUUUUCUGUUUCCUCGCUCACCCGCCGCGCAGAGUGCAACUCGUCUCGUCCUGUGAGAAAUUUCCGAUAGAUUUACAUCCAUUAUCAGCUCUUAACGCGCUCCCUGCUGGAAAUUAAAACAUGCAGCAUUAAUUUGGCCACUAGAGCCUCUGUGUGUUUUUAUGGCACGAGGAGGGAGGUGGAGGGAGUUAAGUGUGUGUUAAUGAGACGUUUGGUAAUUAUACAGUUUGUCAUGAGUACAUUUCACUCGGCUAUUUACAUGGUUAAACGUUCGGCCUCCUGUGGCUCUUUAUGUACCAUGAAGGAAGGGGAUUUAACUCAAUUUUCUUUCCCAGACCCUUGUAGGGUAGAUGGGUAAUAAAGUCAGUCUGCUGUUUGAUGAACUCGACAUUUUAUGUUUCUAUACAGACGUUGUUUUUAAUCCGCUUUAACUUUUUUUCUUCUUCCCCCUAAAACAAUCAGCAGCGUGGCGAUUAGGGAUGGUUGAAUGGCGUCUUGGUUUUGACAUUAGCAGGUCAGUGUAGUGAGGGGAAAUGGAGGAAAACAUCCAGCAGAUGUUAUUUCAUCAGAGUAACUGGUCCACUCAGUUCAAGGAUGUCAAAAGAGCCAAUAGGAGAGGAGAAGACACAGGUGUUGAGAUUACAUGGAUCACCUGUAGAUGUGGGAAUGUUGGGUUUACUCAAAAGGAACAAACCCGUUUUAUCAGCGGAUUUUAUAAAAGGUCAUCUUGUUUUAAUGAAACAGAAAAGUGUAACAAACAACAAUAAAAGAACAAAAUAUGCCGAAGGCACCUUGACAUCGACAGACGUUUUUCAUCAAACACGUGAAAGUAAUAAAUGUUUCUUCUCACAUCUGAGCAUUAGUGCUCAUGUAGAAAGAAAAAAAAAAAAAAGGAUUGGAAAUUUCAAAUAGAGAAUUUCUCAUUUACAGGGAAAAACUAGAAUUUUGUCUGUCCAGAUUUUAAAUUCGAAAGAAUUUCGUUUUUCAUGAUUAAGUUGUAAAUUUAUAGUAAAAUGAAGAUAUUUCUGAAAAUGUUGAAAUUUGCAGGAAAAAAAAAAAUAAAUCUGAAGUUUAUUGAAAUUGUAAAAUCAGACAUUUGCAAAAAAACGUGACAGAAGAAGUGUCAAAUUUAUCAAUAGACGUCUGGAUGUUUUCCAAGAUACAUCCGGAGUCUUUUCCUGUUUCAGAAAGUUUUCCAUUUGCACAUUCACCUCAUACAGCAUCCAGAAGAAACGCAUGAUGUCGAAGGUGUAAAUUACAAUAUUAAUACUAUUAUUCAUGAGAGUUUUAAAAAAAAACAGUUGAAAAAUUGACCAAUUUCAGUCACUGGCCAAUUUUACAGCAAUUGAAGACAAUGCAACCUGCUUUAAGAAAAACUCUUCCUCAUUCAUUCUAUCACAAACAAUAAAAUAAAAAAAAAUAAUAAUUACCCUCUUAAAAAGUAUAAAUACAUCCCAGAACGCCCGUGAGAACCUGUAACCCAGAAACAGCAACACAAAAAGCUCUACUGAACUGGACGUUCCGUUUCUGGAACCUCUUUCAAUUGAGGCUGAUUAAUUUCAAAUCAUUCACUUAGGACUGACGUGAAUCAAGCAGAAGCUACGUCCUCGAAAAAAAUAAAAAUAAAAAUAAAAACUUUACACAGUCAUUCAUAGGUUGGGCUUCAUAGGUUCACACACCUGCUGUCUCUUAUCUUCACACACCUCUUGCACACCUCAUUCCGCUGUCGCUGGGCGUCCUUUCAACUUUCAUUGGUUGAGAGAGUUGCUUAUGCUGCCUUUCAUAUUGAAAGGGCAUCAUGAUAUUGUUAAAAUAGCAUUUUGGACUCCUUUCAUCAGGAAAGGUCAGUGCAUACACUUGAAGGCCAUCCUUUAUCAUCUUUAGAAGCUCUCAUUCAGCAGCGCGCCGCUGUCAGGGGCCUUUUGAACCCAUUUUUGUGCAGAGAGCUAUUUUAGAUGGGGUCAUCUUUUUGAAGAAAGUCCAGGGUUAGGUAAA